UGAACAUAUUUAAUUAAAUAUUUUACUUUACGUGCAAAACGGGAAAUCCAUCGCGCCGGUUUUGGCUGCAUUGGGUGGCGAAGAUGGCAACCUGGACUGAGUCGAGAGAUACCCAACAGCUCGGUCUCAGUGUUCUGCCCGUUUUUUAAUUAAUUUCCAAAGUGUCGAUUUGUCAAGAUUAUCCUAUUUCCGGGGGUUGAAGUUCAAUAAGAAAAAUUGGUUUGAUGAUGAAAAUAGGAAACCAACCCUCGACGGUUCUGAGGAGGAACCGUCCUGGGACAAAAGCGGCCAUGUUUAAUGGCUGGCCAGAUGAGCCAUUCGAGGAAAUGGACAGCACGCUGGCUGUACCGCAGUAUAUUCAGCAGCAAAUCAGGAAGGAGCCAUCGAAUAUAGACGUGAUUCUUACGCCUCCAGAAGGACAAGACGAGGGCGUUUGGAAAUAUGAACAUUUAAGGCAAUUUUGCAUGGAACUCAAUGGCUUAGCAGUGAGGCUUCAAGGAGAGUGCCACCCAGAAACUUGCACACAAAUGACAGCAACAGAACAAUGGAUAUUUUUAUGCGCAGCUCAUAAAACGCCCAAAGAAUGUCCUGCCAUCGAUUACACUAGGCAUACGUUAGACGGGGCAGCUUGCCUUCUAAAUAGCAAUAAAUAUUUCCCUAGCAGGGUCAGUAUAAAAGAUGCGUCAGUAACAAAAUUGGGAUCCGUGUGUCGGAGAGUUUAUAGAAUAUUCUCUCAUGCUUACUUCCACCAUCGGACAAUAUUUGACGAAUUUGAGACUGAAACAUAUCUUUGUCGGAGGUUUACGCAGUUCAUAACCAAGUAUAACUUAAUGGCAAAAGACAAUUUGAUUGUACCGAUAGCUGAGUCGGAAAUGCAGCCAGCUGGGGAGUCAGAGGCAUGAGAGGAGCUCGAAAGCAAACAAUAACCAUAAAAAUACUCAUACCCAGAUAAAAUUGUGAACCAGGAUAUUUUUUUUCUGUUUUUUUAUUUUUUUUAUUUCAAAGUGCGAAGUGAAAGAUUGUGGAGAAGGGGGUGGGCUGAAUAUGAAGGUCUCCAGCACUAUGGGACCACACUUUUUACCUCAUUACAUUGAAAAUUCCCAAAACAACGAGGCGAAAAAUUUAGCAGCUGCAAACUUGUUGUGAUAGUUAUUUUCGCAUUAUUAUCGUUUUGGUUCAUUGGGCGAGCUAAAUGUUUCACAGACAGACGCUCAUACGACGCAUGCUUUUGUGUAAAGGACCCAACCCUAAACAACUAAAAUAUUACUUGUAGAAAUAUUUUAAGAAUGACAUUAGUUUGUAAUAAAUGUGAAGAAAAAUAUGUAAUUAAUGUGAAGAAAAAACAACUUGGCCUUAUCUCUAGGCCAUUUAAAUUGUCUGUUAAAUUCUAGUGAAAAUUUAACCAUUUGUAUUUAUGCGCAUUAAAGCUGAAAUCUUUCUUAGAGAGCAUGCCUUGCUCUCUCGUUUAUA